AUGCUUCUCCCUGAAGAUCCCGCAACGCUCAUCCGCCACACCGUCAACAACUUCAACAUCCAGCCCGACAAGCUGGCCGUCUCCCGGAUCGGCGAGUCCCUCUCGACGCUCCAGCAGGCGCGCGAGCUGCGCCGGCGCGACAUGGACGCCCGCCUGCGCAAGCUCGCGCGGCAGCUGGCCACGCUGGCGGCGCAGCACGCCGAGCUGGAGGCCUCGCACGCGGCGGCGGACCACGCCUCCAGCAUCGCCGCCCUCGACACGCGCAAGUUCCGCACGGCAAAGGCCGCCGCCGACGCCGAGGUCGAGGCCGAGCGCCUCGCCCGCCAGGCGGCCGACCUGGCCGCCCGCCUGCACGAGCUGGAGCUGCAGGGCGUCGAGGGCGACGACGCCGCCCGCCGCCGCGACGCCGUCGACGACGAGGUCCUCCUGCGGCUCAAGGUCUACCGCAGCCUGGGCAUCGACAUUGAGAGGGACGGCCGCGACGGCGAGUGGACCAGGGCCGUGGUGCGCAACGACCGCAAGGGCGACGUGCACGUCGUCAACAUGGACAGCAGGUUCUCGAGGUACUUUUACGCCAAUUAUUUCUGGCAGACGCUCUGA